UUUCACUCACGGAAGAACAGAGCAAAGUGACAAGAAAAGGCUGCGGGUUCAAGGAACUUGUCUACCUUGUUCUGAUCUCUUGCCAGUUCCAGCUUGUUGUGCCUGCUGUGAUGGGCAACACAUGCAGCGAGAUCAGCUGUGGGCGUGACGUGGCAUGGAAGAAGACUGAGAACAAGGGGAAGCCCCUGCUGCUCCAUGAGGAGUCAUCUCUUAAUAUUCCAGCUAUUGCUGCUGCUCAUGUUAUUAAGAGAUAUGUUGCCCAGGCACUGGAUGAACUCUCCUUUGAGGUGGGAGACAUUGUGUGCAUUAUUGCUAUGCCACCAAAGGAGCUGACCCCCUGGUGGAGAGGCAAGCAUGGCUUUCAGGUUGGAUUUUUCCCUAGCGAGUGUGUGGAGCUCAUUGAUGGAAAAAUUCCAGAGUCUCUCAUCAAUUCAGUGCCAAAGCCAGUGCCAAAGAAACGCGGCAAGCUGAUCACCUUCCUUCGUUCCUUUGUGAAGACCCACCCAAAGAAGUCAAAAGAGCGGAAGGUGGAGAAGGAAAGGGUGUUUGGCUGUGACCUGGGAGAGCAUCUUCUCCACUCAGGUCGUGAUGUCCCCCAGGUCCUCCAGAGCUGUGCCGAAUUCAUUGAGCAGCACGGUGUGGUGCAGGGGAUAUACCGGCUGUCCGGCGUUGCGUCCAACAUCCAGAGACUCCGCCAUGAAUUUGAGUCUGAGCACAUUCCUGAGCUAACCGUCCGCGACAUUCACAGCGCGGGCUCCCUCUGCAAGAUGUACUUCAGGGAGCUCCCAAACCCUCUGCUCACUGACCAGCUGUAUGACAAGUUCUCAGAUGCUAUUGAUGCCACUACAGAUGAGGAGCGGCUGGUCAGAAUGCAGGACGUCAUCCAGCAGCUGCCCGCUCCUCACUACAGGACACUGGAGUACUUGAUGAGACAUUUGGCUUGUCUGGCUGGGAACUGCUCUAUCACAAACAUGCACGCUAAGAACUUAGCCAUUGUGUGGGCUCCAAACCUCUUAAGAUCACAGCAGAAAGAGUCUGCCUGUGCCAGCGGAACAGCUGCCUGCAUGGAGCUGCAGAUGCAGUCGGCUGUGGUGGAAUUCAUCAUCAACCACGCAGACGUCCUCUUCUGCUCCAAAUCCAGAUCUGACAUUGCAGAUGGAGCAGGGCACAGUUCUCUCUCGGGGCCCAAGUCUGUAUGGGUGUCUUCUCCUGCCACAGAGCUGCUCACUCUGGAGGAGGCACAGGCUCAGAGGCGAGGCCACAGCAGCUCUCCCGUCGUGACAGAGAGCAGGGACAUAGAAGUGGAAGAAGGCCCUGCAUCUUUACUGGGGAAAUUUCACACAGUCAUAGACUUUCCAUCUGAAAGACAAAAUCCACCCAGCAAGAUGAAGGAAUCACCAGCUGGAUGCUGGUGUUCCUGCUUCAGCCUGGGGCAACCAUCCUGUGUGGCCAAACGUCAACUACAGUGCAGUCUCAGGGAGCCCUCAGAAACAGAAGUCAUAGUCCUGGCAGGUGAAUCAAGCCCUUGUCAACCCAGAAAAGCCAGAGCAAGUAGCAAUGAUGGGCUGUGUGCUUCCAUCAAUGGAGAGCUCUUAGGAAGCACAAAUCGCUGCAGUUCAGAUGACAGCCUUCUGCAUAACAACAGUGACGGACACAAGGAGCUCAUCCAAGUUCAAGCCCUCAUUUCUCCUGGCUCUGAUGAAGAUGCUGACCUGAGCCUGCCAGACACCACAGUCACCAGCCUGGACUGUGACCCAGUGCCUCUGCAGUGCAGCCCAGCCCAAGCACAGUCUGAGUGCCCCGACAGCAGCACCUCCACGCAGGAGCAGGUCAGCAUCAGCGAGGAUAAGCAGAGCCUCUUGGAGGGGGACUUAGAAUCAGGCGUCCAGCCCCAGGCACCGGACAGUAGCACUGAGAGCUCUGAGCCACUCUCUCCGUGAUCUUUCCAUCCAAGAGAGGAUGAUUCCCAUCUUUACCUGGACCUCUCAUGCCCUCCUGUCUUUCACAUAAUAAUAAAAGCACACUCGUGCUCAC